GCAGCAACGGUGCUUCCUAACAUAACCGACAUCGCCACGGAAUCUCUUUAUCUCAAUAUUAACCGUUCCUUCCCUUUAAACAUUCAAAUCGGGAUCACUAUAUUUGCAGUAUUGACUAUUGUCCUUGCGCUGAUCGGAAACACUGUGGUGAUUUACAUCGUGUGUACGGUAAACCACAUGAGCAGCUCAACCAACACGCUCGUCGCCAACAUGGCCGUUGCUGAUCUGUUGAUGACUAUAGACAUACCGUACAUACUUAAAUUUUUCUACGUGGAUCAUAAAUGGUUUGGAACCUUCAUGGGCACUGUGUUAUGCAAGUUUUUUCACUCUGCUCAAGUGGGAUCUCUAAUAGCCUCCGUGUUUAGUUUAGUGGCAAUUUCUCUGGAUCGAAGUUUUGCUAUUUUGUUUCCAGUGAAGACGGUUAUGACUAAGAACGUUGUACGUUUCGUGAUCGCUAUGGUCUGGUUGGGAGCGUUGGCUUUCUCCCUUCCAGUCAUGGUGGCAUCUAAAACUGUACAACUUAAAGGCAUAGAUUUUUUGAGUUGCGAAGAGUUCUGGGCGCCCAUGUCAGCAUCCACUUACAGCCUAGUUCUUCUUAUAGGUGGGUACAUCAUUCCACUGAUAAUCAUCGCCGUUGUCUACAGUCUAGCAGGGAUACGUCUCUGGAUCAGACGACUUCCUGGCCAUAAAAAUAUGAUCUCAAACAGAAGAGCACAGUCGUCCAGCAGGCGUGCGAUUACCAUGUUCAUAACUGUAGUUAUUGUCUUCGCUCUGUCUUGGCUGCCUUUUCAAGCUUUAGAGAUCCUUCGUGGAUACAAUAAACCUCUGUUUUACUCGCUUCCUAUUGGAUUACGAUACAUCACACCUUGGUUUGGUUACGCUAACAGUGCUAUUAACCCAAUUCUCUAUGUGAUAUUCUCAGAGUAUUAUCGUCAGGAGUUUUACCACAUUCUUUGCAGAGGUCCGAGUAAAAGGGACCGCACAAGAAAAGCAGUUAUUGAAGGUGUACGUGGGGCACACACGGAACAACUUAAGCGCCGUGGACUUCACUUUAAAUCGAAACAUUCGAGCCGUUGUUUUCCUGCUGAUAUACCUCAGGACCUCUACUUCCACGGAAGUGACUUGCCUGGCAAUACUUUGAAGGCCCUUGAACGCCCCUUGGCUGUGGAUAAGCCAUUGACCAGAGCGUCUGCUGAAGACGCAUUGCCGGCUUUCGGAAUGAUUCCAGUGAGCCAUGAGUCUCGUGGAAAAUCUCUGGCUGCUAAUACACCAAUGACCUGUGAGUCUUCGAAAGAGUCGUUGGUUGUCAAUUUACCGGGGACCGUUCUUAAGCCUGAUGAAAGCGUGUUAAAAGCCAACAUAUCGCCACUUUGUGAUAGCCAUGAAAGGGUAUUGACUGUGGAAGUGACGCCUUCUACUACUGAAUCUUGUCAACACUGUACAGUUACCAUUAUGCCAGUCGAUGAGAUCAGAGUAAAUAUGGAGAACACUAAACUUUAAUCAACUUGCCGACAGCCUGGAUGAUAUUUUAAAAAGCAGAGUCGUCCAGGGGGAGGACGAUUCCUAUGUCGAUAACUGUGGUUAAUUUCUUAGUUUCUUUUUCAAGUUUAAAUAUGCUUCAUAAAUACAAUGAGCCACUGUUUUCCUUGCUGCCCAGUGAAGCACUCUAUGUAUACUAAACGAUGUUUUUGUUACGCUUACAGUGACAUUAUAUCUCAAUUCUUUAUGUAACAUUCUCAGAUAUAAUUAUUAUCAGAACAUUAAUCAUAUUCUUGGUAUGUGAAGUCCAAACAAUCAUAAACCGAAGCACCACAAGAUCAGGUGAUCAGAAGCAAUCCCCCACCAAAAAUGGUGACGACAAGAAGCGAAAUGACAAUCGCCUAAUACAUGUCCUUAUCUCAAUUGUUUUAAGUCAACUCUCGCUAGGCGACUCCGUCAAGCACCGUGGUUGCAAAAGAGGCACUCAACAGAGGUUUUACAUGUACAUUCUACCUAUUGUCUCUUUCGCGCAAUAGACCGCAACAGACAACCUCGGCUGUAGUUCUCUUGGAUGCAAGUAAGGCACUCUACCUCUUUAGUGUCAGUCAUGGGUGUGUGUAGUCCUGAUUAGGACUGUUGUUGACAGUGACUGACGUUUAGUCAAUCUGUGCGGCAGUCAUCUUCAGAGUCAAAGGACCUACAAACCGUUUACUAAAAAGUUACUUGACAGUGUCUUGUCAUCCUCUGUCAUCGUAUUGUUCAAGAGCCACUUGGUGAUGCCAACGUCUUGCGAUGUUCCCUGGAUAAUGUCCUGGGGUCGUUGCUUUUCACAAUUUAUACCUUGUAUUCCAUAGUGCUGCUCUACGGGAUGAUAUGUUGAGCACUUGGUGACUUUAAACUGUUUGUGUCUAUCGUGUAGGUUUCCCUCUUCGAACAAUCUGAAUUAAACUCACUACAGCUACAGCUAAAUGAAUUAUUGCGUCGCGCAAAAUACACAAAUGAUACACAAGACGAACGGACACUUUGUUGUUUUACACGUCUUUGCACUUAAUAGCUCUAAUAGCUCAAUCCAUCGAUUUGAUUCCAACCAAAGUCUGAGCAAAUUUUAAGUUACAUAAGGUUACACUGUAACUCAUCGCGAUUUCAUGUUUCUUUUUCUUUCUUUUUUUACCCAAGGAAUUUGGUGAGCACUGAGCAACAUAUCACAGUGGUGCCUUAUUCUUGGCUAUAUUCUGUAGUCUCGUUUUAAUUUAGUUACCGCGGGGACUGCGGAACACCAGAGCAUAGGGAUGUUUUCGUGUUGAUUACUGAUAAUUCAUACGCUUCUUUUUAAAAUGACGUCAUCAGGGACAUAAUAAAUGUGUUGAAGAAAUACUUUAUUGCGUACUUUUUCGUGCUAGUUGAUUUCCUGUUUGUCAUCAAAAUAAAACAAAAUGAUAAAAGUCAGAAAAAAGUUUCAAAUUAGUCUCACUGACGUCAAUUGUACGUGUGCUAUUUAUGCGGUUCGAACUGCCUCUAACCCCCACCCCUCUACAAUAUUACUAAUGGCCCCUAUGAUCAACAUGUGGUGGAAGUAUAACGGGCAGUUGCUCGCAGUACGUUGGUUGGUUGACUGUUUCAAAUACGUUUAUCAGGUGGUCGGUGAGAUGAUUUAGUUGUUGCCAUAAUGCUGGCUACAUAAUAGCUUAAAUUUUUUUGAUUGACAAGAAAAUUUUAUUAGAUAAGCCCUUGACAUUAAGAAGUAUUACAAAAUACGACAAUAUUUAAGCAAUAGAAAACGUUUUCCGUGUUUGCAUAGCAAGAUAUACACACGAGAGGUGUUGGGAGAAUUCGAGACAGUUAUGCAAACCCGAAACGAAGUCGAGGGUUUGCAUAACCGUCGAGAAUUCUCCUAACGCCUCAAGUGUUUAUAUCAGGCUAUGCAAACACAGGAAAAAGUUUCCUAUUGCUAUUAUAACAUAACUUUUCCCGAGAAAAAAACGCAAAACUCUUUGUACGGCACUGAUUAAAAGAGAAAUUCUUACCAGUCGCAAAAUCUUGUCCGCGAAGUCUUGCACGCGUAAUCAGUUCUUGUUUUGCAAAAAGAUGCUUUGCAAAAUACGGAUUUUUCUCGCUUAAAAUGUCAGCUUAAGCGAAGAAAAAUUGACCCACCUUCUUUGUAACGAUUUUCCAUGUUUCAACCGACGAAGGAAUGGGUAAAUAAAGUAAACUUGUCGAAUUUUGAACUCGAAAACUUUUUCAAAUUCGUGCUUGCGUGAAUAGCGCGCGAAAAGCCAAACAACUUGACAACACUCCUCUCGGCCAAUCAGAGCGCACUUACUAUCUUAGUUAUUUUAUAAGUUAUUACAAUUCACGACAGCAGUAUGCUUAUUACAAAUUACGACAACGUUUAUUACAAUUAACGAUCGCUUGCUUAUUUCAAUUCUCGACAACUGUUAUCACAAUUUACGAUUUUUAUUAAAAAUUACAACAUAUCACAAAUUACGACAGAACGCCUUUUCAGUUAAAAUUACAGACGCAAGUAAGCGUUCUAUAAAGAAUUUGAUAGUGGCUAUUUCCUGGAGGGUAUUAAAAUUUUCGUGGUUUUCGAAAUGUGCCAACAAAACGCGAAGUCAAGGUUUCCUUAGCAUGCCUUCCAGUAUCGAGAGGAAUGUAAAAAUAUGAUAUAAAACAAGGCUAGGGGCGGAAUAGACACCAAGAACACCUGAUAUUGACGAUAACAUGAAAGACAGAUUCUGAGAAUAACAGAAAAAUGAACAUAACGGACCGCCGAGGUAACUCUUUGUCCCUUCUGAACCUUUGCUUGAUGUUUUUCUCAAGCGGCUUUGCCAGUCGCUUUAUUUACAAGGCAGAAGGGCUUUUCAUAGUUGAAAUUUUACACUUGUUUUAAGAUUUCCUGAAAACCCCGUUCAAAAUUUCUUAAUAUAUUUAACUUAACUAGAAGUACGUAUCUCGCAAACCCUCGUGAAAGUCGGUGCGGCACAUAAGUUACACUUAGAAACUGGUUGGGCGACCAGCCGGGAAUCAUCAUGUUGGCCGCCGAAUGGAAAUAAAAAGGCAAGUUACCAUGCAACCACUCUAGAGUUCAAUGGCCGAUCGCUUUACGUACCGAGUUGAAACCAGUCUUUGAUUCAUCGGUUGGAAAAGAACCAAUUCAAUGCGGGGUUGCCUCAGUGUAACAUGAAAUUAAAGGUGGAUUUCAGGACAAAGCAAGGCCCAAAAAACGAAGUAACGAGCUUGAAUUAUUUAGGCGACUUAACACGUUAAGCUCUAAACCUGCUAAACAAAUCGACCAUGAUGAAAUCAUCGAUAUCCUUCGGCUUUGCCAAAAUUCUGAUCUAACACCUGCAUUUGCUAAAAUCGACAAAACGAAACACAAAAAGUGGAGGGGAUCCUCCGAUCAGUUUGCCAGAAAUGUCAUCGGUAAAAACUUCGUAACAAAUCCGUUAAGCUCUAAACCUGCUAAACAAAUCGACCAUGAUGAAAUCAUCGAUUUCCUUCGGCUUUGCCAAAAUUCUGAUCUAACACCUGCAUUUGCUAAAAUCGACAAAACGAAACACAAAAAGUGGAGGGGAUCCUUCGAUCAGUUUGCCAGAAAUGUCAUCGGUAAAAACUUCGUAACAAAUCCAAGGAGAACUUCACUUACACGAAUCAACGAAAUCUACAGUGAAAUUCGUCAGAACAUCUCCUCUUUCCAUUAUCUAUGUGUUGGUAAAGAUGGCGUUGCUACGUAAAAAGACCUGUCAGAAAAUAGCAGAGGAAAACUCACAAAAAAUUGCACAGUUGCUGUGCAGGGAUAGCGUUGUGGAUGAACACAUACAGAACCUUCCAUCGUAUUAUCAUCGAGAUUAAACACUUCGAAAUCAAUGAAAAUAAUUCUCGUGUUUCAUAUGAUGUCUCGGUGCUUUUCACAAAUGCACCGUUAAAGUGGAUUUCCACUGUCACGUAAUUUGUUUACGUGAGGAUUAAGGAAAUAAAGAGGUUAAGUUUCACGUUUACGUCAAACGGGAGACGCAAAUUUGUACCACGUGACCAAGUUUCUUUUUAUUUACUUGUCUUUUAAGCCUGGUUUCCAUAUGAUCGCUACGAUUGCUGAGAAAAAAAAGUUCAGCGAUCGCAGCGAUCAUAUGGAAACCGGGCUUUACUUUUCAUUAUUACUCAGCUGCCCCUUUCCGAGCAAGCCCGUUUAUAAAUUUGGUUUUCGGUCGUCUGUGCAGAAAAACGGUCUCCCCACAACAGGUUUCAUACGAUUUUCCCUUCCACGGACCCUUGCAAGAAUAUUUUUUGUACCUCGUCUCCUUCCCCCACCUCCCUCCCAGAAACCUAGAAGGCGUUGCGAAUCAAGAAGGCUAAUAAUUUGCGUUUUUCGAAGUGACUCAAUCAUAAGAGCCAUUUUAUAAGUUCAUUGUUCGAGAUUAAGUCAAUUGAUGAUGUUGGCGCUGGGAAACUAAGAGAAAUGCUCAUGUUGCAUACAAGCCCACACCCACACGUCGUUCACGGUAGGUUCACACUAAAAGAUGACUGUGAGCGUCAGUUUUGGAACGUCGCCGGGGCCCUUUUGUGGACUCAAAGAGAGAAUUAAUUAUCGAUCGAUGUAGUACAUGAGCAAUUAAUAAGUACAAUUUAUGAGCAAAGUAUUUUACCAGUUGAUGAAACUAUGGCUGAAGACUUGAUUGUAAGCUGUUCUACUGAAGCGAACAACUCAGUUGCCGAUGAAUGUCAGAUGAAUCCUGAUGUUAAGAAAAGGGCGUUCAGGAGCGAGAGACGUGACAGACUUUGCCAUGUUACAAGACUGGCUUUUUAUCUUAAUAUUUCCUUCUAUUUAAUGCAGUACACGCCACAUCCGUUUGCACACCACUACCAACACGCACGCAACAACUCCCAACAUUGUUGGCGUUGUUGCGUCCGUUUCCACGCAGCCUAAUAUGCACCAGCCCGCGAGCGAGUUCUCCUCUUCGACUUACAAGUGAAGCAAGCCGCUAGACAACGCGCGAGCGAGCUGCCCCAUUCCUUGCUCUGCCGUCUCCUUUCGAGUGCCUUGUCACUUCUCAUCCCCCGUAUGGGGAGUUUGCUCGCAGGGUUUGUGUGCACUUGGUGCCUGCCACGAAAGUGCCAUUAGCUUUGUCUAUUUCAAUUUGGUCAGAUGACUUUUGGUAAGAAAAUCAUUCCAACCAGAGGUAACCCAAGCUCGAAACAUGACCCUGUAAAAGGUUUUAGAGAAAAAAAAGGUUUUAAACCGUUAAAUGGGCUCGGGAACCACACAGGAAAGAAGAAAUACACCCGUUCGUUGGAUACAGAUACAAUAAUUUUUUCUUCCAAACAAAUCUAUAUGGUUCGAAUGUUAUGCAACAGCGCCGAUGGUCAUAUGCGAGCUUUAGUGACCUGCGCUCCAACCAGUCACUUCCCCCGACAACACUAACAACUUAAACGUGCUGUGUUUGCAUCCCAUUCUGUCAAAAUUACUUCUUUCAUUGCGGCCAACUUUCUUGUAAUUCACUUGCUACUCAGGUUACCGUUAUUACCAAGGUGUCGUGAAACUGAAUUAAACAGUCGGUGAUGUAAUACAAUUAUGAAAAAUAUAUCAUUAGAAAAACAGCAUAUGCCAAAAAAUUACGACAUUAAAGGACAGCUUUGACGCAAUUUUUUUUUAAAAAAAGAAGAAAAGAAAGAAAGAAGCGAUGCAAACUCAGUUUCAAAAAAAUUAUAUCAUAUUGCUAUGCAACAUUUGUCCUAGACUUUCUUAGGCCACGGAUAGAGUUACUCUUGGUUGAUUUUUUACAGUUUUCAAUUUUUUUCCCCUGUCAUUUUGCACGGUAAUUCGUGAUAAUAGGUGUGAAACAAAGAAAACAAUUUAACCAAGCAUAAAAGAGAACGACAAGUUUAAAAGCAGAAAACACACUAAUUCCUCCUUAUGGCCACGUGUAUGUGUUAAAAUACUGGUUCCCGAAAGUUUGUUUGAAUGCGACACAAGUCCAACCCCGUUGAAAUUUCAGCUCUCGUGAUAUUUCAGCUGAAAACAUACUAUAAUCCUGAAUUCUGUUGGUGUUUAUUGAAGGGUUGCGUAAUGUGUUUUCAGCUUGAUGUAGCUAUACAACAUGGGAACUGUUUAGAUUAUUAGAUCACCUUGAAAGUCAUAAAUCUUAAUCUCAGUGUAACUUCCAAGAACAGUGUAACAACUGAGACUAUUGACAUAGCGGCUAAUUUAUACUUCAAAAUAGUUACAAAUGUCAGGCACAAAAGUUUUCCGGUGUCAGCAUUGUUUUUAUUUGAAUACGUUCAUUAUACAGGGAAAAAUCAUUGACACUCGAGGGCGUUUCACGAUAACUGCUAGAUAACCUCAGUCAAGUAUCAAAGGCUCCGAAUAAUCUUAAGCUUAAGCCGUUACAGGGUAAAACAAAACGAAAGAAAAUGAACUUUACCGAUAUUCAAGGUAAGUAAACCCUGUCAUUUCUGAUCAUUAAUUUUUUUUCUUGUUUUCGUACGAUUGUAUACACUUGAAUUUCAAGAAAGAGUGUAGAAUCGCUUUAAUUCUGAAGCGUAACGAUCAGUUUAACUAGUCAACCAGGCGCAAGAUUCGCCCAAGAAAUCCCAGUUAACUGAAUCGGCCUGAAAGCUAAUUAUUCUCCCUUCUCAUUGUAAUAAACGGAUGAGGCUAGCAAUGAAAAAGAAGGUAAAACAUUUUUGUUUACAAAGUGCCAGAGUAGAUUUUUUUUUCCUGAAAUUAAUGGGUUAGGCCAGGAAUGAUAAAGAAGGUAAAACAUUUUCUCAAGAAAUUGUAAGAGCCGGUGCAAAAAUAGUCAUCAGAAAGACAUGAUGUCAAAACCUUUACAAGAAAAACCUAUAAAAUGACCGGGCUUUUACUUUUAGAACUUCGGCUUCUAAAUAUUGGCGUUGUCUAGAAUCUCAGUUGACUCUGGAAAUCUUCCAAAUCCAUUAAAUCGGUAAACAGCUGCCAUUCAAUUUCAGCAAAGAAAUCGGAUUCAUCUGUACACAGUGACUAACAAUGAGGGAUGUAAAUCUGUUCCACCAAAUGAGUUCCAACGGGAGCACAUGAGAUGCCAGGGUAAUUAAUUUAGAACGCCCUCUUGUUCGGCUUCCAUAAAUAUCGGCAGUAUUCCGAUAUUUCAUUUGACUCCGGGACGUUUCCGAAUGCAGAAUUUGAUCCAAAAAGCCAGACAUACUUCGGCACCAAAAAUGUUAAUUUUCGUACCGUAACAGUUCGUAAAUCGGCUACCUUAUAGCGAUAGAGAACGUUAACUACUGUGCAGCGUUUAAUCUUUUUCAGACUGAGAGUUUUUAAAUCAUUCUAGCAACAACUUUAUGAGCACGAAAUAGCUGCCAUGAAAGAGUGCACUUUUUUCCCCAAAAAACUGCCACUGGCUUUCUAUCCAUGAAAAUUCACCAAAUUAUAAUUUGUUUUUCUCCUCGCAGAAUUUGCCGCAGUUCCUAACAAGACCAGCAACUCUACCAAUGCGCCUGCAGGGCCAUUUGUCUUUCCGUCAAAUAUACAGAUAGGAGUGACAGUCUUUGCAGUUUCUAUCUUCAUCCUCGCGCUCAUCGGUAACAGUUUGGUGGUCUACAUCGUAUGCACAGUAAAGCACAUGCGCAGUUCAACCAACAUGCUAAUUGCCAACAUGGCCUUUGCUGACCUCUUGAUGACCAUAGAUAUACCGUAUAUAACUAAAUAUGUAUUCGUGUUUAACCAAUGGUUUGGCACGUUUAUGGGCACUGUAUUAUGCAAAUUCUUUCACUCUACUCAAGUUGGAUCCUUGGCCGCGUCAGUGUUCAGUUUAGUGGCAAUUUCCCUGGAUCGGAGUUUUGCCAUCUUGUUUCCAAUGAAGACGAUCAUGACUCAAAAUGUUCUGCGUUUCACGAUGACGGUGGUGUGGUUGUGCGCUCUGGCAUUAACAGUUCCACUUGCGCUGGCAAGUACGGUACGGUAUGUUGAAGGAAGGGAUAAAUUUAUCUGUACUGAAGCCUGGGGAGUCAUGUCAUACCAAGCCUACAUCAUAGUGGUGUUGGUGACAGGUUACGCCAUUCCUCUGCUGAUCAUCGCUUUUUUCUACAGCCUGGCUGGAUUACGCCUCUGCAGCAGAAAAUUACCAGGUCAUUCCAAUUUAGCUGCUGCAAAAAGAGUCCGCUCCUCUAGCCGGAGUGCAACUGCCAUGUUAAUCACGGUGGUUGUUGUGUUUUCCCUGUCUUGGAUGCCAUUUCAUAUGCUGGAGAUGAUAAGAAUAUAUAAUGAAUCCCUACUGAAGAAAAUUCCCUUUGAAGUAAAAUUUGUUUUCCCGUGGUUUGGUUAUGCAAACAGUGCAAUUAACCCGAUAAUCUACGUAAUAUUCUCAGAAAAGUAUCGCCAGGAGUUUUAUCGCAUUCUGUGUAGAGGACCAAGUAGGAGGGACCGCUACAGGAACGCAGUCAUUGGAGUUGCACUUCCACAUACGGGGCCUCCAAAGUCCAGGGCCGGUAAAGUACAAAUCAACACGCCUCAAAAUGAAAGCUGCGAAUCAGCUGAGUUGUCCCUUAACUCGUCCGUCCCAACUGUGCCGUCAACUCUGGAGUCAAGUAAACUUUCGUUGGCUUCCAAUUCAAUAACGACUCUUGAUUCUGAUGGAGGAUCAUUAGCGGUUAAUACACCGCAUGCACUUGAUCCUACUGAAAGUCGCGUGUCCUGUGAAAGCUUGUUUGCUGUCGAUAAUCCACUAGCUCACCAGUCGUCUGAAAGAUCAUCGGUUGCCAAGAUAUCUAUACCCUUCGAAUCUUCUGCAAAUUCAUUGUCUGUUGAUAUCGCGUCCCGUGAAGCUUUAGCAAUGUCUUUGGUCGUCACUCUACCUUUAACCAAAGACGUGUCUCGCCCGAGCGAAUUAGCUACCAAUGUACCGCCACCUUGCUUGUGCUAUCAAAGCUUAUCGUCUGCAAAGUCGUGUGGACGCUGUAAAGCUACCAACGCUUCCAUCGAAGAU